AGGAUUCGCAUUUAUUGCAAAUUGCAUGUGCAUGCACCAAGUUUAACUCCCGUAGCAACUUUCGGAUAGCGCUGCUCCAAAGUCCAACAGUAAACUUCUUGAGUAAGUCGCAAGUCGUCUACUAUUAAUAUUUCUAGGCUGUUCCUGCAGUCGCUAUUUUAUACUUCUUCAAAUGCAAGUCCAUCAGGUCGCCUUUGGUAAUAACCGUUAGCCAACAGCUCGCUCACUUAUUCAACCUUCGAGUUGAGUUAUUUCCCUACUAAAAAUCCACAUAGUCAAUAUGGCAGAAGCACAGCUAGCAUUGCAGGCGGAGCAAAUUGCGCGCCUCACAGCCCAACUGGCCGCCGCCAACACCUCCAUCCAGCAAAUCGCAGGUGACGCGCACGUGGCCCAGUUCCAGCGCCAAGCAGCCGAGGAAGCGGGGCUGGGCAUCCCGACUGCAGCGCAAAAAACUCAGCUACAGGCCGCCACCCGCACCCUCGACUAUGGAUGCACAGCCAAAGAGUUUUUGUUCACACUGCGCUGCUUCGACAACGAACGCAUGGAGGACGUAACUAGCCCGCCAGCUGGCCUGAUUUGGGACCCGCUGUCGUUUGUCGCUGUUGUCUGUGCUGUCGGCCUGGUCACCGAUGACCAAGCCCGCACCAUCCAGAAAAUGGUGGUUAAAGAGCUUGCUGGACCCUUGAAACCGCGCAGAGGUGCCUCUACGACGCUUCUGACGCGAGCGGACAUCUUUAAGGUAUUUUUCGACACCGUGGACUUGGUCGUUAAGCGCGAAAAUAGACCUACAGUCACCGCCGGCGACAACCAACAGCAGCGCAGCUUCAGCCGAGCUUUUACGGUGAAUCUGCCAGUGUUCUGGCAAAAUAAACUGGAAGCCAAAAAAGCCCUGACCUUCGAGUUAGCAGAGCUCAAACGCUUUCAGAAACAAGAAAUGGAUCAAGCUAUUAAGUCGAUGCGAGCCGAAAUGCUUAAACGUCCAGCCCCCGGCCACCUAAACCACGGGGACCCUCCGCUGAAGCGCCCGACUACCGAGCGACCGACUCCCAAUGGGGGCGGAGGGUCUGGAUCCAAGCCGCAGGACGUCUGUCUUCAAUGGAUGAAAGGGAGCUGCUCUUCGUCGUCGUGCAAGAACGCUCACGCUGGAGAUUUGUCGAAGCUUUCAUUCCUCAACAACCGCUUUCGCCUUGGCUUACAGGAAGCGCAAAUCGUACAGCUUGCACAGAUCAAGAAUAGGGCCCCACCGCCAAAGUAA